AUGCAGCACGCGUGUCGACCAGGCGAACAGGACUGCUGUGAGCGGGUCGUCAUCAACGUCAGCGGUAUGCGCUACGAGACCCAACUGAAAACGCUCAACCUGUUCCCGGACACGCUGCUCGGCAACCCGCAUAAGCGCAUACGCUACUUCGACCCGUUGCGCAACGAGUACUUCUUCGACCGCAAUCGGCCGAGCUUCGACGCGAUUCUGUACUAUUACCAGAGCGGCGGCCGACUGCGGCGGCCCGUCAACGUGCCUCUAGAUGUCUUCACCGAGGAGAUACGAUUCUACGAGCUCGGCGAGGCGGCGCUGGAGAAGUACCGCGAAGACGAGGGCUUCAUCAAAGAAGAGGAGAAGCCGCUGCCGGAGAACGAGCUGCAGAGGAAGAUCUGGUGCCUAUUGGAGUAUCCGGAGACGUCGCAGUGGGCGCGCGUCGUCGCCAUCUUCUCCGUCUUCAUCAUUCUGCUAUCGAUCGUCAUCUUCUGCGUCGAAACGCUGCCGCAGUUCCGCCACUUCAAGACGGAGAAGGGCAACGACAACCGGACGGUGAAGUUCCAGGACGACACCGUGCCGAAGUUCACCGACCCGUUCUUCAUCAUCGAGACGAUCUGCAUCAUCUGGUUCUCGAUGGAGCUGUCGCUGCGAUUCGCGACGAGCCCGAGCAAGCUGACGUUCGCGCGCAACAUCAUGAACGUGAUCGACCUGAUUGCGAUCAUUCCCUACUUCGUGACUCUCGGCACGGUGCUCGCCAACGAAGAGAAGAGCAACAGCCAGGCGAUGUCGCUCGCCAUCCUGCGCGUCAUCCGGCUCGUGCGCGUCUUCAGGAUUUUCAAGCUGUCGCGCCACUCGAAGGGCCUGCAGAUCCUCGGCCAGACGCUCAAGGCGAGCAUGAGGGAACUCGGUCUUCUCAUAUUCUUUCUGCUCAUCGGUGUCAUUCUGUUCUCGUCGGCCGUGUACUUCGCCGAGCAGGACGACAACCAGACUCACUUCAAGAGCAUCCCGGACGCGUUCUGGUGGGCCGUCGUUACUAUGACGACGGUCGGCUACGGCGACAUGCGGCCGGUCAGCUACGGCGGUAAGAUCGUCGGCUCUCUGUGUGCCAUCGCUGGCGUGCUCACCAUAGCGUUGCCCGUGCCCGUCAUCGUGUCAAACUUUAACUACUUCUACCACCGCGAGUCGGACAACACCAACGAGGUGCUGCUGUCGAUUGAACCGCAGGUGCCGAUCACGCCCGAGGGCUCGCUGGACGGGGGCAGCUGCCCCUACCUGUCCGGCUCGUUCAAGCGCAAGUCGACGUGCAGCAACAGUAGCUCCGACAUCAUGGAGAUGGAAGAGGGACUCAGCUCGGCGCACGAGCCCAAGCAGAAGCAGCCGACGGGCGGGGGUGGAGGCGGCGGUGGCGGCGGAGGCGGCGGCGUCAACGUGUGCAACACGCUGAACGCCAGUCACAAUAACGUGAAUUCUCUCAGCAUCGAGACGGACGUAUGA